UACGAAAAAAAAAUGUCUAAAAAGCAAAAAAUAACUACGCUUGAAUCAAAUAUUCAAUAUAAGAAUGAAUUAACUGAAAGCAGUUUUGAAGCUACUGAUAAUACCAUCGAUUUAACAGAAAAUAUCUAG